UGACCAGAUUUAUAAAUGGUUAAUCUGUUACAGAUAGCGACUGUCGUGGCAAUUAAAUUCGAAUCAAAAAUGAAUUAGACUAUUUCACAUGAUGUUCAGUGAUUGAAUCAUUAUAAAAAUGCUGUUGCUACUCGCACUACUCGCGCAAGUGAACGCGUUUCAAAAUGCGUACGAUGUUCUUCAUGAACGUAUGGAAGUCGAAUAUUACGAUCCUACCCUUUUGAAUGUUUCCUGCACUAACUACAAGUAUAACCGAACAACGCGUACGUUUAUUUUGACGGCAACGUUGAAGACUGAUGUAACUGAAGGAGAUCUCCUAAUGGUAACGGGUUACAAAUGGCUGAGUAAUCGUUAUCGCCUGGACAUUCUCCAAUUCAACUUGACAAUCAAAGAUGCAAUUCGCUUCAAGUACUUUGAUGUAAAUCGCAUGCUGAAUUCCUGCACGACACCUCGCCUCGAAUGGCCUCUCAUUAAAGGGGUGAAAUAUACAUUAAGGGAUUGGGUGCCUGAUAGUACUAAGUUUCCUCCGGGCAUGCCAGAAGGAAGGUGGAAAAUAGGGAUGCGAUCUGUUACGGCCUACGGGAAACACAUCCUAACUACUAACUGGUAUUGCGCCGUGAAAUACAAGCUUAAAAUGGAAUGGAAGUAAUGCGAUAACCAAAUAAUUUGCGUUGAAACUAUUUACGAUACUUUAAACACUAGUAGGAUAGUAAAUUGUGGUAUUGUAAUGUUGGUGAUAGUAAAACACAAAGUUUGUAACGACCCUUUCCUACACCUGUGCACACACCACUCACAUAAAGCUCUCACACGUCCGUACGAGGUCAUAUAGUUUGAUAUUCGUGUGUGUAAAUAAAGUUAGUUUACCCACCA